AUGCCCAAAGAACAAUUUGUUAGUUUCAUUCGAUAUUGCCACUACCUGUUUGUCAGAAACAUCAUACUCAAUCUAUGUGGCAAUACUUACCAAACAAACUGUGAUCUUUUUCGAUUUAGAACGGUGCGCAGCAUGACCGGAAGUAUCGUGUCAAAGUUGACAUGGAUAAAGUUUCUGGGGCUUGAUCACUUAAAUUCGUUAGGCACGCUUGGAAAUGAAGAAUUGCAAUGUUGUGCUGCUGUCAAUGGUUUCAUUUCACAAAAUGGGCCCUAG